AUGGUGCCUUGCUUCUUUCGUCUGUCAAAAAGUCAGAUGCUGGGACCUGCAUCCGAGUCUUUACAGAUCAAGACAACCACGGCGUCAAAUUCAAAAGAGGAAAAAGAAACGGAAACAUUCACAUGUGAAGCUAUUGCCGACAUUACGGUGACAUCGGUGAAAUUAAUACGCCAGAAUGGGACUACGAAUGAGACGCUGAUUGAGGCAAACAGUAGUGUUGUGACAUUUCGCCGACAAAUGAUGCGACAGGAUAACAAGGUGAAGUUCUAUUGCGAAGCGACUUGGCCAGGAAUUCCCAAUUCGUUGUCGUCGAAUGUCAUCACAUACAGCGUAUCAUUUCCACAUAACGUUCAAGUCAAAAUCAGCAAGACGACUGUUACCGAACAUGAAUUUGUGCGUUUUGAGUGUAUCAUCAGUGGGGGUAAUCCCGAGUUCGUUACGCGGUACCAGUGGCUCUGGAAGAAGAGUGGCUCCACCGAAGAACAGGUCAUGCAGGAUACGAAGACCGGAAAGUUAUUUCAGUUCGCGCGUAUCCCGUACUAUCAGAGUGGGACAUACUCUUGUAAGGCUUGGAACGAUGGUGGCGUGGGACAGUCGUCGACAGACCUUAGUGUACAAUACUCUCCAAGGAUAGACCCGGAAGCGAAAAUGAAAUAUGAUGUGGCGGCCGAAAUUGGCAGGGAGGCAAUGUUUGAACUGUUCAUCGUCGCAAAUCCCACUCCAACCACAACUGGUUACACCUGGUCCAAGGAUGGCAAUGUCCUAUCGAGAACAUCACCGGAUUAUGAAAUAACUUCCGGGCCAACAUCCAGCGAGUUGAAAAUCAAGGACGUCAAAUCCUUGGAUUAUACCAACUAUUCCUGUUCGGUUAAAACGAGUGCAUUCGAAGCCAAGAUUUUCAACUUCAUGCUUAUCAAAGCAGCGUCCAACACAAGUGACUUAAGCAAUAGUGUAUCAGUAAACACCACAGUUGCUAUAUAUUUUGGUGUCGGCCUAAUUGGCGCAGUCAUAUUAAUGACAACAGUCGUCCUUUUGGCAGUUGCUCGAUGGAAACGUCGACUGAAAAAGAAAUUGUCUAAAAAAUUUGAUCGACCUGCAAAUGACAGUAAUGAUGAUGCUGCAAGAAAUGAAUUGACACCAAUCAAGAAACGCCCUGAUCAUACAUACGCCAACAUUGACCCUGAUUUCUUUAAUGACACAUCCUCUCGAUCAAAACGCACAACGGAUAAAUACCCCGCAAAGCCAAUGGUUAAACGGCCGCCCGUUUCAGUUCGUUUUGGUGAGGAUAAAGAGCCCGCGUGCUCAGAAGAUAUCUUGGACGUCGAUUUAUAUGACUACGUAGACAAUGAGUGGCAGAGUAAUGCAUCGGGCUCAGAUUACAGCUCUGUUCCUGCUUGCCGUACGAGUCAGGUGACGUCGCCUCAGGUUGCCUCGGCACUGAUAAAUGUUCAUGUUCACCAGACGAAUCAACCGGAUGAGGACGGUCAACAGUCACUUUAUGAGCAUCUAAAACCAGUGUCCAAAAAUGAUUAUUUAGACUUCACGGAACUCAGUGCAGAAGAAUUGAGACCACGUGUUUUAUUUAAGGUAUAA